AUGGGAAUAUCUGCUUUUGCUCCUGCCUUUUCAUUCCCAGGUGUAGUGAGGGACACCCGCACCGGCACACCUCAGAACCCCGCUAUCGAUAACGCUCAUGGCUCUGAGGUCCCCACUGAGACACCACCAAAGAACAGCCUCAACGGGGGGCAGGGUGCCCGGAUAAAUCAGUAUACUAUUAAGCAAGAGAUAGGCCGUGGAUCCUUCGGCGCUGUCCACCUCGUAGAGGAUCAGACGGGGAAGCGAUAUGCGAUGAAAGAAUUUUCAAAAUCUCGUCUUCGCAAGAGGUCCCAAUCCCAUAUCUUACGAAGACCCCAUGCUGCCCAACGAAGGGGUGGACUGCUCUCCAUACCUUCGCACAAGCAAUCGGCUUCUGACAUUCAUAAUCAAGAAGAGGCCGGCAACCCUCUCUAUUUAAUUCGAGAGGAAAUUGCAAUUCUAAAAAAACUGGACCACGAAAACGUUGCUCAGCUCAUUGAAGUCCUGGAUGAUCCUGAGGGCGACUCUCUAUACAUCGUUUUAGAAAUGUGUGAAAAGGGUGUGAUUAUGAAAGUUGGUUUGGAUGAAGUAGCUGAACCCUACCCGCAGGAGAAGUGCAGGUUAUGGUUUCGGGACAUGCUUCUGGGAAUUGAAUACUUACACUCUCAAGGGAUUGUACACCGUGAUAUCAAGCCUGAUAAUCUACUAUUGUCGAAAGAUGAUGUUUUAAAGAUUGUGGACUUUGGCGUGAGCGAAAUGUUCGAGAAAAAGUCGCCAAUGAUGACGGCCAAAUCAGCGGGCAGCCCUGCUUUUCUUCCCCCAGAGCUUUGUUAUGCCGGUCAUGGAGAUAUCAGCGGAACGGCUGCGGAUAUCUGGUCUAUGGGGGUGACCCUUUAUUGCUUGUUAUUCGGCCAGCUUCCAUUCAAUCACUCUGGCGUCAUUGAACUAUACGAAGCUAUCAAGAACGAGCAAGUAUUCAUCCCCGAAAAUUUAGAUCCAACUCUCGCGAAUCUUCUACUACGGCUUCUUGAAAAGAACCCUAACCAGAGAAUAACUAUGUCAGAAUUGCGGGAACAUCCGUGGGUUACCAGGGGCGGAGAGGAUAUGCUGUUAUCCGCAGAGGAAAACACCUCAAAUGUCAUCUCCUCACCUAAUGAACAGGAAAUGGCGUCAGCCAUUACUAAAAGUAUCCGAAACGUUAUGGCGGUUGUUAGGGCUGUCAAAAAACUUAGGCGUCUAACGUUUAGACGCUCAAAAGGACCGUUAUCGUCUUCGUCGGAUAACACGCACUCUAUAUCAGACCCAAGCAACGAUAAAUUACCACAGCGAUCUAGAAGUUUAAACACGGAUAACAGGAAGCAUCUUGAGCAAAAGCUAGCAGUAUCUGGUGUGAGCAAAGCCAUAUCGAUGGAGAGCGUUGCCAAGGCUUUACCAGAUAAACCUAGACGGCUGGAUUCGGCUAUCGAGCUUGAAGAUACGGACAUGUCCGAAUAUCUACCUGAGGAAUCCAAAAAAAGAGACGAUGUUGAUUGUGUCAGCGUCAAAUCUACUGAUCCUAUCGGUUCUGAUAUGGGAGGGAGUUUGGUAAAGAAAAACGGAGAGAAAGCUCAGGCCGCCUCCCCCUUUAAUGAACCGCCACUACUGCUUCACAUUGGCACUGGAAGUGAUUACCAUAUGCCUGAGGAUACCGAGUUUGUCAGCGAAUCACCUACACUUACAAAUGAGAAUGUAUAUGAAGAAGCAUAUCGAAAUGAUGUCGCACGCAUACAUCGAGAGCAAGGUCAAACGGCGAAUGUUUACCUUACAAAACUGGUGGAAUAA